CUGCAUUGCCGUGUUCAGUUAGACAAUCAUCUCAAAGCCAUCGGUGAGCCGGAUUUAAUUGAAGACGACUGGAAUGUAAACAGCGCCCAGCCCGCUACCAGCAUUGUUCGUGGCCCCGAACAGUGGCAAGAACCAUUGUGCACGAGGCGUCACGAUUUCGAACCGCUUGAUUUGGACGAGCCGUUGCGUCAAGUGGUUUUGCACAACACGUAUCUGCCUAGAUUUCGAUGCUAUUCACAUGCGGCUUGUGUCCAGUACAUACGGCAAGCAGCUUUGUAUCAUCUGUCGCAAAACUGGAAAGGACUAGGCUACAGUUACAUGAUCGGAAAUGACGGAGCGGUUUACGAAGGUCGGGGUUCACAAUCUAUGGGCUCACAUACUGGCGGAUAUAAUCAAAUAUCUUAUGGAGUGGCAUUUUUCGGGUGGUAUCCAAUCACUCCACCAACCGUGGAGGCUUUAAACGCUUUUUGGACACUCAUGGUUGAGCUACGAGAAAAAGGGUUUCUCGAUCAAGCUAUACGGAUUCUCGGGUCGCGGGACAUUCGACCAAGUGAAAAUCCCGGGAAAGCAAUACAAAAUUGGUGUCAAACUCUUCCCAGAUGGUCUACAAACCAGAGCUUUGAACACAUUCGCGAAAUCCAAUGCCGCCCCGUAACGGAUGCGGACAAUUCAUGGCUGAUUUUCAUUUGUUGCAUCACGGUGGCCACCUCAAUUGCGUUUUUCGGGUUUGGGUUUUUCAUUCGCUUUUUGCACACACAAUGCAGAAUUGAAAGAUCUCUGCGAGCAGGCAACUUAUCGGAUCUCCUUGAGCACACACCUGAAUGCACGGAAUGGUCGAAGGUAUGCAUGAGAGUCAAUUGCAAUGGACGGAUUUUCCGUGCCUUGAGAAUACAAGCACCGACGGAAUAUCAACGGCUAAAUGAAAACAACGUCAAGACGACGAAUGAAAUGCACAACGAACAACAGGCUAGUAUCGAUUCAAAUAGGACUUGGAAAGAAUGGGAUGUUCCGGAUUUUAUCGCUACCUACUUGCGUCCGGCUCAGAUAAACGUCAUGCUCGCGUUGCCGGAUGUCAGUAACAAGACACACAAGUUAGAGUAUACCUAUUGCUAUGGCUUAUUCGUAUUGUUCUGUCGAAGCUGGAGGGAAGUUUUGGAAGUAGGUCCAGUAACUCCCUCACUGAUUCUGUACAGCUUAUCCGCGCUGCGUAUGUACCACGAUAGGAUGAGAGGGGGAUUAGGCGGUUGGAAAGUGGAACUCGUGACCGAUACGUGUGACUUCCUAGUUCUAGUCACGAUGGAUCACGAAGAGACAGAGUAUCAGGCCCGAAUAAGUGAACUCUGUCGAAAUGCUCCCAUUGUUGUAAUACGACCAGCGAAGAAUGCUAAUAAGAGCCGAUGCCUUCGUAAUAGAAAAGUGACCUGCUUGAAGUGUGACUUGUGUCAGCCACUAGGAAAGUUUACAGAUCACAAUUCAGGUGGUGGAAUCUUCGGUCCAGAGUUGAACGGGUGCAUUCACAAAAUAAAGGACGGGAUAGCCAAACACAGAACACGUCGUGGCAACGGUCAGUGGCAGUUGGAUCCAUACUGUUGGUUCCGCUUCGUGAACAAGCAAAAAGACUACGUCAAACUGGCUCAACCGAUCGAGGAUCAUAUUUAUGAUUUUCCCCAAUUCAAAGUGUAUGAAGAAAGUAGACAUACGUAUGAAGUAUGA